AUAGCAUCAGGCUACAUGCGAACAGAGUCCGACAUCAAACAAAACAGUCUGAUAAAUGUUUCACAACAAAUUCCGUCAGUCAGUGCAGAUCUUCAGGCCGGCUGUGACAUGAGUAACUUACGGUCAAUGUUCUUCGUUGUGGGAUUUUUAGUAUAUUUAAUCAGUCAAGGUGCAGCAGAACCUUGCUUUUUAGCUGCCAAAGGAAGCCCAACCUUUCCGGCUAAUUUUAGCUUUGGUGUAGCAACAGCCGCUUAUCAAAUAGAGGGCGGAUGGAAUGCAGAUGGCAAAGGCCCAUCCAUAUGGGAUGACUUCACUCACAAGAAUCCAGAUAAAAUUCGUGACAAAUCUAGUGGUGAUGUAGCAGCAGAUUCUUAUCAUCGAUUUGAUCAAGAUUUACAAGCCUUGAAGGAACUUAAGGUUGACCAUUACCGUUUCUCAAUCGCUUGGUCCAGAAUUUAUCCAACUGGUGAUAUUUCAUCAAAAAAUCAAAAAGGAAUCGACUAUUACAACAAUGUGAUCGAUAAACUUAUUGCAAAUCGAAUUGAACCUGUGGUAACAAUGUUUCACUACGAUCUUCCAUCGGAAGUUCAAAAAAUUGGUGGAUUUGCCAAUUCAUUGCUUGUCAAUCAGUUUGUUGUUUAUGCCAUUGAGUUGUUUGAAAACUAUGGUGAUAGGGUUAAAACCUGGAUAACUUUUAAUGAGCCCUAUGAUUAUUGUCAAAAUGGUUAUGGAGAUGCUAGUUAUCCACCUCAAGUCUAUGCUCCUGGUGUAGCGGAUUACCUUUGUAUAGAUAAUACAUUAAAAGCUCAUGCUGCCACCUAUCAUUCCUACAAAUCUCGAUUUGCUAAAACUCAAGGCGGCAGAUUAGGAAUCACUUUGGAUAGUAGAUUUUUCUUUUCAAGAACAAAUGACGAGGACAUUGUCGAUCGAGGUAUGCAAUACGGUUUGGGAAUUUUAGCACAUCCAAUAUUUAGUAAGUCCGGUGGUUAUCCUGAUAUAAUGAUCAUGGAUAUCGGAGCCAACAGCCAAAAAGAAGGAAGAAUUAGAUCACGUUUGCCAAGUUUCAAGAAUAAAUGGAGGGAUAUUGUAAGAGGUUCAGCUGACUUCUUAGGACUAAACUAUUACUCUUCAAGAUACAUUAAACGGGCUUCUAAGCCGAAUGGAGUAAGUCCUUCAUGGGAACGUGACAUGGAUUGUGAUACCUCGAUUGAUUCAAAUUGGUUGAGAGCAAAGUCUGAUUGGUUGUAUUGUGUUCCUGAAGGACUUGAGGGAAUUUUAAAGUUUAUUCGAGAUGAAUAUGAUAAUGUAGAAGUUAUGAUCACAGAAAAUGGUUGGUCUGAUGAUGGAGAAUUGAUUGAUGAUAAUAGAAUUCGUUACUUAAGGAGUCAUUUACAAGCUGUUUUAAAUGCAAUUAAUGAUGGCUGUAAAAUUAGUGCAUAUACUCACUGGAGUUUGAUUGAUAACUUUGAAUGGCUCAAGGGUUACACAGAGAAGUUUGGUCUCUAUGCUGUGAAUAUGUCAAGUCCAAAUAGAGAACGAACAGCUAAAAAAUCUGCAGGAUAUUACAAACAAAUAAUAGAAUCAAGAAAAAUUCCUUCAAUAUUUUAAACCUCAGAAACUUAAUAAACAUUUUUAUAUUUAACAAACAUAAUAAAGACAUACAUAGUUUAAAUUGAAACAUAAA